AUGGAAAAUCGUUUCAAACGAUCUGUUGUCAUAUCUCAACGUCCUUCAAAGUGUUCUGUAGUAUUAUCUAAUAUAGUCAAAACACACAACAAUGAAACGAUUUUAAAUGGAGUGAAUUUAAUUGCAUAUAGUGGUAAAAUAUGUGCUAUACUUGGUGGAAUGAAAAGUGGUAAGUCGGUGCUGCUGUCUUGUAUAGUUGGUCUAGAUAAGAUUGACAAAGGAGAAAUAUGGGUUCUUGGGGGUCAACCAAGAACAAAGAACAGCAAAGCUUUAACCUCAACAGUCGGUUAUAUGCCGCAGGAAAUUUGCAUGUAUAAUAAUAUGACGAUUUUAGAAUUGUUUAACUAUUUCAGUCAAUUAUAUAAUAUUUAUGAUGGAUUUACAUUUACUCAAUGGCGAUUAAAUUAUUACAACGAUAUCUUUACACUGCCACCAACGAAUAUUUCUAUUGAGGACUUAAGCUUCAGUCAAAAACGAUUAGUAUCGUUUUUACUAUCAGUAUAUCACAGACCUCGAUUACUGGUAUUAGAUGAGCCUACUGUAGGACUCGAUUUUUUUAAACAACACAAAAUUUGGAAAUACUUGAAUCACUUAUGUAAUACGUGGAAACCAACGGUGAUUAUAGCAACUAAUAGUAUCAAAGAAGCCUUUUUAGCUACAAAGAUAGCGUAUAUUAAAAAUGGAAAAAUUAUUUUUGAAAAAGAAAUAGAAGAGUUACAAAAUUUGAUACCAAAUAAACCGAUAAAUAUCAUCAUAGAAGACCUGUGCAACAACUCAAUGUCUGAUUUGGAUUUAACCCUUUGUAAGAAAAUCAAGCCAAGAUCAGAUAUUUGGAAACUGCAAACUUUAAUUUUCAAUAAAAUGAAAUUUAUAACCAAAAAAUAUUAUAGUUUAGAGUACUUGGCCAAAGAUUCAGUCAAAAAGAGAUUCACUAUGGGCUUUAUGAGAGUUCCACAAAACUACACGAAUACAAUAAUUCAAUUCAUGGCAAAAAAAAUUAUAGUUAAAGAACCUGAUACAUUCUCAAUAUCUGGAAUCAAUAUAGAAAUAGACAUGACGACAUAUGAAUUUCAAGAACAUUUCAAACAACAGUUAUUCAAUUCUCAUCAAUUACAUCUGGCUGAUAUAUAUAGCUAUUACAAUCUAUCAACAAAUUACGCCAAUAUCCCAAUUAAGGUUUAUGAGUAUGCAAAUUUAAAUCCUACAGAAAAUACUGUAUCCGGAAUAAUAUCAUGGUAA